AUGGUCUUUGGUGUUGCGCUAGACAACAUUUGGAGAGCUAGGAAUGUCUUGGUAUUCGAAAGAAUUGGAACUACAGCAGCAGUGGUGAAGAGGCAGAUCCUAAAUGUGGUUAAAGAUUUGAGAUUGGCAGCAAGCCUUCAUGUCUCUCCAAACUCCCAUGGUAAGAUUACUAGAACUGUUUCUGUCAAUUGGUCUCACCCUCCUGAAGGGUGGAUCAAGAUUAAUUCCGAUGGAUCUUGCAUCCAAACAGAUCAUCGUGCAGCUUGCGGUGGUGUGAUCCGCGACCAUGAGGGAAGAAUUGCUAGAGCAAAAGGAUACUCCAAGAUCCUGUUAGAGAGUGAUUCAGAGGUUGCUAUUGGGCUCCUAAACAAAGGAUGCCAUCCAACUCACCCUUGCGGCUCGUUGGUUAAAGAAAUUGCCCACCUUGUUGGUCAAGACCAUAACUUCCAUUGGAGACAUGUGUUCAGAGAAUCCAAUUCAGUAGCAGACGCAUUUGCAAAGAAUGGUCUCUCCAUGAUCGACAAUUAUAGGCUCUUUGAGACUCUUCCAACUUUUUGUAUUGUUCCUUUCAUGUUUGAUUUCUGCAAUACCUUGUAUCUGAGGUCUUGA